CUGACUGUGACUGCAUGGUCAUGACAUCACCUGCUCAACUAUUUAUACCAGAGCAAGUCGAAGAACAGUCACAGUAGUAGUUGCUAUAGUAAUCGCUGUAUUAAAUAUUAUCAAAAUGCCAUUUGGAACUCUGUCUGUAUCCAAUACCGCCAUCCCACAGUAUGCGCCGCCGUAUCCCACAGACGGCAGCGACUAUACCAGCGACACCGUCCUGACAAUCUCAUACAUAACAACAUCCCAAUGCGUGCGUGAUUUCGUCCCAGACAUGCUCGAGCUCGACGACGAGCCCGAAGUGCUGGUGAUGCUCGUCCAGCACAGAAUGACCUCGUUCGGCCCGUACAAUGAGUACGUCCACGCGGUCAAGGUCAAGUACCAGGGUCAGAAAUAUGACUACUUCCUCUCGCUGAUCCUGGAUGAUGACUCGCCGAUAUCAUGCGGUCGCGAGCAGUUCGGAUUCCCCAAGAGGCUGGGGGUUGUGAGUUUGGAGCCGAAGACUGGAACCCCCAUCACCCAUGGUGUCGUGGAGAGGCCGCCGGGGCAGAAGAUUGUGGAAGUAGGGUUCCAGCCGAAGCAUAAGGUCAAGAGUAGUCUGGAACAUACAAUUCGGGGCCUGAAUCUGCGUGUUAUCCCCUCGGUGGUGCCGGGGCAAGGGCCGUCUGUUAAGGAGCUGGUGCCCGUUGAUAUCACCAUCGAGGGCAGUGCGGUAUGGCAGGGCGAUGGGUCAGUGUGUUUCCCAGAACCAUCGCGGUUUGAUCCGAUGCAUGAAGUCAAAGUGCUUCGAUAUGAGCCGGCGACGCUGCUGCGGAAUGCGUCGCUUGCGAUACGAUGUCCGACCAAGGUGUUUCCACUUUAGUUAGUAUCCUCGGCUUUGAAUUAUAUUUUGUAAUUACUGUUUUAUUAAUUAGUUAACUAAUUGUACGAGGUGCUUAAUAAUUUAAAUAAAAGGUAGUAUUUGACCCCCACUACCUAC